AUGACUUUCGGUUUCAGUUUCCCCGAAAAUGGACAGACCACAAACGCCGAUGAGUUCAUUGGAUACCUCAAUUGCGCCACUCCCAACGGGGAGGGCACGGGAUGGUGCGGUCUCUCCUACGGCGGACCCAUGACAAACUCGCUCUUACUCUUUGCCUACCCUCACGAUGGCGAUAUCCUUACCGCCUUCCUUUGGGCUAACGCCCAGGUCGAGCCUGUCCCGUACGAGGGCGAGGCUGUUCUGACCCAGAUCUCUUCCAGCAUCACUGAGGAUGGCUUUACGCUUAUCUACCGCUGCCAGGGAUGCACUUCCUGGUCACAAGACGGAAACUCCGGUCAAUUGGCGACCACGUCUCCGGUCGCCGUUCUCGGUUGGGCCCACAGCACCACGAAUGUGAUUAACCCUGAGUGCCCCCGUGAGGCCCGGAUGGUCCAGCACGAAACCCAGAGCAUCUUCGGUGGCCAACUUACCAGCAACGCUUUUAAUAAUGAGUAUGAUAAGUGGGCUAAGCUCGCUACUAAGGUUGUCGAGGGCAACUGCGACGGCGGUGGUGAGGAGCCCACUUCCACCGCCACCGGUGAGCCUACCUCCACCGCUGCACCACCCACCGGUACCCCCGUCCCGGACGAGACAUACGACUACGUUGUUGUAGGCGGUGGUGCUGGUGGUCUCCCUGUCGCUGACCGUCUCAGCGAGGCUGGCAAGAAGGUCCUUCUCAUCGAGAAGGGACCUCCAUCCUCUGGCCGUUGGGGCGGUACCCGUAAGCCAGACUGGCUUGAAGGCACCAACCUGACUCGCUUCGAUGUUCCCGGUCUAUGCAACGAGAUCUGGGCCGACUCUUCCGGCAUUGCCUGCCCCGAUACCGAUCAGAUGGCCGGUUGUGUUCUCGGUGGAGGCACCGCCAUCAACGCUGGUCUGUGGUGGCGUCCCAAUCCAAAAGACUGGGACUUCAACUUCCCCGAUGGCUGGAAGGCCAAAGAUAUGGCCAAGUACGAGGGGCGUGUCUUCGGUCGCAUUCCUGGUACACGUGUCCCAUCUAUGGAUGGCAAGCUAUAUCUCGACCAGGGUUUCAAGGUUGUCGCUGGAGCACUCGACCAGGCCGGUUGGGAUGAAGUGAACGCUCUUGAGAAGCCGGCCGCGAAAAACCGUACUUAUACCCACCCACCCUUCAUGUUCUCCGGAGGUGAGCGCGGGGGCCCCCUGGCUACCUAUCUCGUCUCUGCCAAAGCGCGGAACAACUUCAAGUACUGGACCAACACCCAGGUCAGGCGUGUCGUUCGCUCCGGCGGUCACGUUACCGGCCUUGAGGUCGAGCCCUUCGCUGGCGCCGGUUAUGUCGGCACUGUCAAGCUCACUCCCGAGACUGGUCGCGUUAUUCUUGCGGCUGGGACUUUUGGUAGUGCUAAGAUUCUCCUUCGCAGUGGUAUUGGCCCGGAUGACCAGCUCAAAAUUGUCGCCAACUCUAGCCGCGAUGGUGGCUCCAUGAUCGCCAAAGAUCAGUGGAUCAACCUCCCUGUCGGAUACAAUCUCGAGGACCAUACCAAUACCGACACAGUUAUAAAGCACCCCGACGUUGUGUUCUACGACUUCUACAAGGCCUACGAUGACCCUAUCCCAGCUGAUGAGAAGAAGUACCUGGAUGAGCGCUCCGGCAUUCUCGCUCAAGCUGCCCCUAACAUUGGCCCGGUCAUCUUUGACGAGAUUUCUGGUGCUGAUGGCCGCGUCCGAUCCAUGCAGUGGACCGCUCGUGUUGAGCCCAGUCUCGGUGAGACUAGCAACAAGUCCAUCACCAUUAGCCAGUACCUCGGCCGUGGUGCCAAGUCACGUGGUCGCAUGACCAUCACCAGUGCUCUCAACACUGUCGUCUCUGGUAACCCCUACCUAAAUGACCCAGAAGACAAGAAAGCUGUUGUGACUGCCCUUGACAACCUUCGUGAAGCGCUUUCUGGCGUUAAGGGUCUGGAGUGGCUCCAACCCGCUCCUGAUGUCACCUCGCAGCAAUACGUCGAUGAUAUGGUCGUCUCAUGGAGCAACCGCCGUGCCAAUCACUGGAUUGGAACCAACAAACUCGGCAAGGAUGACGGUCGCCAGGGCGGUACUGCUGUCGUUGACCUUAACACCAAGGUCUAUGGCACCGACAACCUCUUCAUCACUGACGCUUCCAUUUUCCCAGGCAUGGUUACCACCAACCCCAGUGCCUACAUCGUCACCGCCGCCGAGAGGGCCAGUGAUGCUAUCAUAGCCCUUCCCGUCUCCAAGGCCCAGGGGCAGUACCAGCAGUGCGGUGGCAUUGAGUGGACUGGGAACAUGCAGUGUGGCAAGGGCUUCUACUGCAAGUCGCUCAACCCCUACUACUCUCAGUGCUACCCUGAUGCCUAA